AUGGCCGAUUGGAAUGAUCAGUAUAGUAGCUUCGAUUGGGAGGAAUCCUACAAUAGUGAGUUGGACGUCUCUUUAGACGAAGGAAGGAAGCAUCAUGUUCAUACAAAGAAGAUUACUUUGUCGGUUAAUGCUUCAAAGACAAAUAACAAUUACCCCACGGAUCAAUCCGGUCCAUUGGUACAGGCCGAUAGAUUAGAUCAACCCAUUGCUAAGUCUCAUAGCCACAUCUCUGAUAAUACCCUACAGACCUUCAAGAACACGCACAGACGAAGACAGCAAAGAGAAGGACAGAACGAACACAGUAUGCACAACUAUUCGAUCAAAGAGCGACAAGACAGUGGUGCCUUUGUUUCAAGAGACAGGCAGCAUCGUGAGGAUAGAUACGAAUCCCAUGGUAACCGCAAGAACAGGAGAUCUUUCCAUGACACAGUGGAGUCGCCUGUUCGCCAAACCAAUCGGCAUGCAAAACAAAAUAAGAGCGCUUUCAAUGAGCAAAAGCAGCAUUUAGACGAUAUUGUGAGCUCCUCUGUCAUUCUCACACGGAAUAGGCAGGUGUUCUCUAGACAAGGCCAAGACUUAUAUCAAACGCCGUCCCUUAAGGACAUACGCAUACAGGAUGGCAAAACAGUCAAUAUUCCAGCUACUUUUUCACAUGGAUCCUCUUCGAACGACGCUCGGGUAGUUCCUCGAGCAUCCUCAGAGCUGCCUAGACCACACACCGAUGCCGGUGCAUUGGACCAAAGCACAGAUAUUAUUAUGGAUCUACCGUGUCCAACAUCUUCUGUUCCAGCGAAGCCUUGUCCCAAUGAGGAGCCAGUCCCGAUCCCGGUCUCAGUUGUCAGUAAUAAUUUAGAUAUCACAGAUAUGGUCUCACCGAUGGAGGCACUAGCAAGUAGUACGCCGAAGGAGCCUGGCGCUGCUGGAGGCAAGGCUGUAGUCAUAAAGCAAAAGGGGCCAGACCACAGACCUGAACACAAGAGUACAGACUUUAGGGGCUCUAGCCACUUGAACACAAUUGAUUCACACAACGUCUCUAUUUCGUCUAUAACAACUGAUGACCACGAUCGUGGAUCGCCUGUCAAACAACAACUGGGGCGAGGAUCAGUAACUGGUUCUCGUAUAUCCGUCGUUUUUGCCGAUGGAACGUCGUUGCAAAAAGACAACAGCUACGAUAAACAGAGCGAUGCUAAACCCCAGCCAUCAGUUGAGGCCAGCAAAGACUCAAAAAAUGCCCCCGUAAGACCAACACGAAGCAGCAAUAGAGGCAGUAAUAAAUCGAAGCUAAAUCCAAAUGAUGAGGAUCCAAAGUCCGUGACUGCCAAGAUUAGCAUCAAAAUUGAUGCUAGGAGUUGCUCCCUUGACAAAGGUAAUAAUAAAACUGACCAUCAAGAGGGACCCUCACCCGAGUCACAUGCAAGCACGAAGAGUAUCAAGCAGAUAAUAGUGGUUCUGCCAAAUGAGGAACCGAUCUAUUCAGACUUUCGCUCAGCACGCAUCAAACUGCCUUCUUCCGUGUGGAGGAUUCCAUGA